AUGAUUGAGCUGGGCCUCGCCGACGGCAGCCUGAUCGAUGAGCUGAUAGAGCUGACGGCACAGAGCCUCGGUCAGCUUGAGAUCCAGGAACAUUUUAACAUCAUCAAGGAGAUCGGCCGGGGGAAAUACGGCAAAGUGCUAUUGGUCACACAUCGCUUCAGAGGGACUCCCAUGGCCUUGAAAGUGAUGCCCAAAGCCUCGACUAAGCUGCAGGGCUUUCUUCGGGAGUACUGCAUCUCCUUACACCUGUCCUGCCACCCCUGUAUCGUGGGCCUCUUCGGCAUCGCCUUCCAGUCCAAUGAGCACUACUGCUUCGCCCAGGAGCUUGUCAUUGGGAGGGACCUGUUUGCUGUCAUCCAGCCAAAGGUGGGUAUCCCAGAAUCCUCGGUAAAACGCUGUGUCCUCCAGAUUGCAAGCGCUCUGGAGUUCAUCCACAGCCACGGCCUGGUCCAUCGUGAUGUCAAACCUGAAAACAUCCUCCUGUUGGACAAUCGCUGCUGCCAGGUCAAGCUGGCGGACUUCGGACUGGCCCAGAAGAGAGGCACUCUGAUACGCUUCAUCACAGGAACCUUGCCCUACAUGGCCCCGGAGCUCUGUACCAUGGCCUUGAAGGAGGGCCAGAAAGAAGUGACCGCCUCUCCACUCAGCGUGGAGCCGAGCCUGGACACCUGGGCCUUCGGGGUGGUUAUCUUUUGCAUCCUUACGGGCUACUUCCCCUGGGAGUGCUGCAUGGACGCGGACGACUUCUACCAGGAGUUCGCGGACUGGUGCCGAAUGGAGGAGAGACCCACCACUGAGGAGGACGUUCCUCCUUUGUGGAAAAGGUUCACUCCAGAGGCCAUGGAGAUGUUCGGAAAGCUCCUGGCCCUGGAUGUAGGAAAGAGAUGUACAGUGGGGGAAGUAAGAGCGUAUGUGGAGAAGGACUGGCUUAAAAAGGUAAAUGGGAUCGGGCAGCAGCAGACAGCAGAAAAAGUCAGUGCCUCCGGAAAAAAUCCUGGGUAUGGCCAGGUGGAGGGAACAAACAGCGGCCUCCUGGGUGAGUGA